UGCAGCCCAAGCUGUCACACGGUAGCUACAUUGAAAUUAACUUGAAAACGCUGCUGCAGAAAAAAAUAAUGGCAGACGAGGAGAAGCUACCAUCAGGGUGGGAGAAAAGGAUGAGCCGCAGUUCAGGUAAAGUGUACUACUUUAACCACAUCACCAAUGCCAGCCAGUGGGAACGUCCGGUGGGAGAUGGUCGUGCGAUAAUGGUCGAGCCAGAUAAGGUACGCUGCUCUCACCUCCUGGUGAAGCAUAAUCAGUCUCGUCGUCCAUCUUCAUGGCGGGAACAAAAUAUCACACGGACUAAAGACGAGGCUCUGGAACUCAUUCAGAAGUACAUAGAAGAGAUCAAGUCUGGAGAGGAGAAAUUUGAGUCCCUGGCUUCUCAGUUCAGCGACUGCAGUUCGGCUAAGAACGGUGGAGAUCUGGGGUUAUUUGGCAGAGGUCAGAUGCAGAAGCCUUUUGAAGAUGCAUCCUUUGCUCUCAAAGUGGGAGACAUGAGCGGUCCUGUUUUUACUGACUCUGGAGUCCACAUCAUCCUACGCACUGGCUGAAAGGAAGAAGACACACACUGUGCUUUCCUCUUAACUUUCCUCUUGCAUCUUCAGACACACACACACACACACACACACGCACGCACACUGCUCAACCCAAUCAGACCUGUGAUUUAUUUUAAUGACACACACCACCCAAUAAACAAAGCUUAUGGGCUGAAUCGCAUUAGUUUAAGUGGGAUCAUUUUGUUCCGAGCACUGUUGACAAUGUAUGAAUAAUUUAAUCACACUGAACAUCAAGGAGUAUUGCAGAUUAUUCCUGUGAGACGUCAAGCUUUUAUUAACCAUGGCAAUGCCAUUAUAUAUAAACAUGAGUGCCUGUGACUCUGUUGCAGUGAGUUCCCCGUGGAAACAGUUUCACACGAUGCGCAAAGUUUGAAAUUGCGUCUGGAAAAUCUCGUGUUUUUGUACGUGCAUGUCUUCAGAAGGACCAUUUACUGUAUGUUUUGCUGUAACCUUUUCCAUUUCUACAGUGUGUGUGCCAAAGCGGUUCCUCUAUCUGCAUUAUUGUUUUGGAAAAUAACAUCAUAAGAUGUUUGAAACGCUUCUAGGCAUUACAGACCCCCGCAGUCGGAGAAAGCACAGUUAGCUCUCUUCUUUAAGCAUUGAUUUAAAGUAACAGAGUAAUUUGUUAUCAUGAUUCACUUUGAAAAGUGCAUGUUACCCCCUUUAGGAUAUGCAAAGAUGGCACAGCUGAAAACUUCCAGGUUUUAACAAUCAGCUCUGCAGCUUUUAAAAGCAUCAAAGAUCAGAUGAAUUGUCACACUGUUGUGUCAUUGGAGUUUUUCUUUCAUCAUUAAAUAAAAUCUGUUUUUUUGUAAGUG